CUGGCGCGCGAGCUCAGGACGCGGAGGCUCCGGGUGCAGAGCGCGGGCCGGGCGCUCUCGGAUCCGCUUCCCAUGGCGCCCGCAGCGCUGUGGGCCGCGCUGGCCGUCGGGCUGCAGCUCUGGGCCGCGGGGCAAGCGGUGCCUGCCCAGACUGUGUUCACGCCGCCCUAUGCACCGGAACCCAGCAGCCCAUGCGGGGAUAGACAAUACUACGAGAAGACAGCAGGAAUGUGCUGCAGCAUGUGUCAGCCUGGCCAGCAUUUGAAAGCCUUCUGCACCAAGACCUCGGACACCGUGUGUGCCCCUUGCGAGGACAGCACGUACACCAGGCUCUGGAACUGGGCCUCCACAUGCCUGAGCUGCGGCUCCCCGUGCAGCGCCGACCAGGUGGAGACUCAGGCGUGCACUCCGCAGCGGAACCGCGUUUGCGCCUGCAAGCCGGGCCAGUUCUGCGUGCUGGGGAAUCCGGACACCUGCCGGCAGUGCAUGCCUCUGCGCAAGUGUCUUCCCGGCUUCGGCGUGGUCAAGCCAGGAACUGCAACCUCAAACGUGCACUGUGCCCCCUGUGCCCCAGGCACCUUCUCCAGCACUGCGUCAUCCACCGAAGCCUGCAGGCCCCACCGAAACUGCAGCUCGGUGGCCAUCCCAGGGAAUGCAGCAAUGGACACAGUGUGCGCGUCCGUGUCCCCCACCCCUGGAGUGGCCCGCACACCCCAGUCUGUGUCCCCAAGAGCCCAGCCCGGGGAUCCCACUCCCAGGCCCAGUGCAGUUCCUAGCACCGCCCUCCUGCUCCCUGAGGAUCUUGAGCCCCCGACUGGAAAGAGCAAGAAUGGCCUCUCCCUUCCAAUAGGACUGAUCGUGGGCCUCACGGCCCUGGGGCUGCUGCUCAUCGGACUGGUGAACUGUGUUAUCGUGACCCAGAGGAAAAAGAAGCCCUUCUGCCUACAGCGAGAAGCCAAGGUGGCUCACGUGCACGUGGAUAAGAUCCGGAGCGUGACCGGCCUGGAGCAGCAGCAGCUGCUCACUACGGCACCCAGCUCCAGCAGCAGCUCCCUGGAGAGCUCGGCCAGUGCUGCCGCCCCGGGCAUGGAGAAGGCUGAGGAGUUUGGGGAAACCCGGACCAGCUCCAGGACCUCAGACUCUCCCCCUGGUGCCCUGGGGACCCAGGUCAAUGUCACCUGCAUCGUGAAUGUCUGCAGCAGCUCCGAGCACGGCUCACAGUGCCCUUCACAAGCUAGCACCUCGAUGACAGAGGACCCAGAUGCCAGCCCCUCAAGUGCCUCGAAGGAUGAGCAGGUCCCUUUCUCCCAGGAGGAGCGCCCCUUUCAGUCCCUGUGGGAGACCCCAGAGGCUCCAAUGCAGAGCCUGGAGAAGUCUCUGCCCCUCGGUGUGCCUGACCAGGGCAUGAAGCUCAGUUAACAGGGCUGGUGUGGGCCGUGUCACAGCUGAAGGCGCUGAGCCCUGGCAGGGCCACUCCAGUCUUUCCAGGCCCCUGUGCCCUCCAGGCCCCUGUGGCUCUUUGCAGGUCAGGUUAUAACAGUGGUGGGGAAACCCUGCUAUCACAGUGCAAGUCCCUCGUGCAUGGUGGCCGGCAUGAACCUGUGGGACGCGUCCUUGUUGCCUGUAGCUGACCCCAGCUGGUCCUGCUUGUUUGGCUUCCAGAGCCCCUGGCAGUUUCUUUUCUUUUUUAAAUCCUGGCCUUCUUCCCUCUGAGGAGCUUCCUGGGGAAAAGGGACACUGUGUGUCACCGGCAGAGAAAGGACAGCAUUUCAGCCUGGAUGCAGAGACAGCAGGAUGGCCCCGAGGAGGGAGGCCAUGGGUCAGAGGUUUCUGUGGGGAGGAGGAAGUAGCAGCCCUGUAGGGGACCCGGGUCCCUCAGAUUCCCCGGGGCUCUUGGAAGGUACCAGCUCCACACCUCUUGUAGCUUAUUCCUGUGUAUCUGGUGUGACAAUCUGAUGCCCAGCGGGCCCAGGAAGAUACCUUUACUCCAUGCUACAGCCAAGAUGGCAGACCUUGGACCUGGGGGGGGGGUGCAUGCCCAGGAGUAAAGCAUGUGUUCAGCAUGCUUAGUGCUCUGGGUUCAAUCCCAGCACCCCCAAAAAUGUGAACACCAUGCAGGUCAACAAGGCAGCAAAGCCAAGGCAUGGUGGUGCAUGCCUGUGAUCCUGAGAUCCUGCCUCAGAAAAACCAGAAAACAACAAAACCAGCCCCUCUGCUGCCUUCGGUGCCCUCUGCCUUUGACUUUGGCAGCAAAGUGCCUAUUGCUUCAGCUCCCCACCCCAUGAAAGGUAAAUGACCUCACGUGCCAUGAUGUGGACUUCAGAACCAGGGAGGUCUCAGGCCUCUGCAGCCACCUUCUCCUACCUCAGCCUGGACCUGCCCGCAACUUCCCACCCCGACAUUCCGGCCCCAGGACAGCUGAAGAGCCGUUUUGGUACUGUGCCCUUGAUGAUGCCCAGCGAAUGUGAGAAGCCAAGUGUCAGGCGUCCGUAUCUGUUGUGUUAUGGUGUCCGCACAGUGGCUGCCCCCCUGAAGCAGCUGAAACCAGGUUUUCUCCACUGGUGAGACAGGAACAUGGCAGCUGCAACGAGGGGUGGGGACCCUUCGGAGACCUGUUCCGUCUCAGGUACUUGGAUCCUUGUUAAUCAGUUCCUCUGGACUUGAACUUGGCAGCUGAACUGGGGCAGGGAGGAGAGCCUUCCUGUUACCAUGGGGACCUAAAGGGCUUCCUAUCCUGGGACCAAAGUGAUAGGGCGCUUCUGCCCCCUGGUGGACAAUCGUGAGAGCCCUGAAUUCUUGGAGGGACUCUGCCUGUGACCUCAGUUCCCCUGCUUGUGCUGCUCCCACAUGAUGAGAGUUUGCACUGUUUGUUGGGCAACAUUCCUAGUGAUUAAUAAAUCGUGUUUGUUUUA